UUUUUACUUCACCUAAUUAUCCCAAAUUAAUUUACUUUUUCCCUUCCCUUCACUUCCGUUCCUCACAACCAAAGUUUCAUUUUCUAACAUUAACAUUAACCCUAAAUUUUACCCCUUUUAAUCACUUUCUCUGUAAAUCAGUAUCUAAUUUAAAAUUGAAUUACCAUUAUAAAAUUCUCAUACUGUCCUUUCGUUUCCUUAAUUCUCUAUUGAUCUCAGUUUUGCAAAACAAAUCUCCACCAAGGUAGAAAAUUAGUUAUUCUGUAACUGAUUAUGUAGAAAAGACUGUUGCUUUUGCAAUUUUACGAGGGUGAAGCUCUGGAAUUAGCUGUAGCAAUGGUGAAGUGGCAGUUACUCGGACCGGCUCGUUGAUCCUUAUUUUAAUGUUUGUUGUUUGGUGUUAGGCUUCAAAACGAGGGAGUUGAGGCAAAAAAUCACAUGUUACUUCCACAGAGGAUAUUGAACAAUGUUUAUGGCUCCUUUUAUAAGGAGUACCUCCAGCAGCGGGGAUAUUGAACAAUUUUUAUGGUAUAUCUUGUAAACUGUUCUGGACUUCACAGCCACUGUCUUUGGCAAAGUGGGUCUCAAUAUCUGCUCCGCAAUAAUGGAUUCUAAUGGUGUAGCAGGCAUUAUGAUUUCCGAACCCCGUGAUGAUAUGGAAUUUGACUCACAUGAAGCUGCUUAUUCUUUUUACAAGGAAUAUGCCAAGUCUGUUGGGUUUGGUACUGCCAAAUUAAGCAGCCGCAGGUCAAGGGCAUCAAGAGAGUUUAUUGAUGCUAAAUUCUCAUGCAUAAGAUAUGGGAAUAAGCAGCAGUCAGAUGAUGCCAUUAAUCCAAGACCUUCUCCUAAAAUUGGCUGUAAAGCAAGCUUGCAUGUGAAGAGAAAAGCGAAUGGGAAAUGGUACAUUUACAGUUUUGUGAAGGAGCAUAAUCAUGAGCUCUUGCCAGCCCACGUGCACUUCUUUCGAAGCCACAGGAAUGUUGAUGAAGUUAAGAAUGAUGCCAGACUAAGGAAACAAAAGAAUUUUACUGCAGUAUCUAAAUUAUUCGGUGCAUAUCAAAAUGUAGAUUGCUUGGAAGAGUAUAUGAGAAAUCAACAUGAUAAGGGGCGAAGUUUGGUUCUAGAGGCAGGAGAUGCUCAGUUACUGCUUGAAUUUUUUAUGAAUAUGCAGGAAGAGAAUCCAAAGUUUUUUUAUGCUGUUGAUUUAAAUGAAGAGCAUAAGUUAAGAAACUUGUUUUGGGUUGAUGCAAAAGGCAUAGAAGAUUAUAACCACUUUGGUGAUGUAGUCUGUUUUGAUACUACGUAUUUCACUAACAAGUAUAAAAUUCCUUUGGUCCUAUUUAUUGGAGUGAACCAUCAUAUUCAGCCCACAUUGCUUGGUUGCGCAUUGAUAGCGGAUGAGACAGUUUAUACAUUUUAUUGGCUGAUGCAGACGUGGUUUACUGUAAUGGGCGAGCGAGCUCCGCGAAUAAUGCUUACUGAUCAAAAUAAUGCCGUAAAAACAGCUAUUGCAGCACUUUUUCCGCAAACAUGUCACUGUUUUUGCUUGUGGCAUAUAUUGGAGAAGAUUCCUCAUCAUCUUGAGUAUAUAGGACCAUGGCAUGAUAGUUUUAUGUUAAAAUUUAAUAAGUGCAUUUUUAAGUCAUGGACAGAGGAACAGUUUGAAAAAAGAUGGUGGAAAUUACUUGACAAAUUUAACCUUAGAGAGAUGGAAUGGGUUCAAUCAUUAUAUGAAGAUCGCAAAUUUUGGGUUCCUAUUUUCAUGAAGGAUGUAUCUUUUGCUGGUUUGUCUACAAUAAUGAGGUCUGAAAGCGUGAACUCUUCAUUCGACAAAUAUAUACGCUGGGAAACAUCAAUGAGAGAGUUUAUAGAGCAAUACAAAUUAAUUCUUGAGGAUAGGUACGAAGAGGAAGCCAAAGCAGAUUUUGAUGCAUGGCAUGAAACACCUGAAUUGAAGUCUCCGUCACCUUUUGAGAAACAAAUGUCACUUGUAUAUACACAUGAAAUUUUCAAGAGAUUCCAAGUUGAAGUUUUGGGAGCUGCAGCUUGUCAUCUCAAGAAAGAAACUGAGGAUGAGACAACCACGUUGUAUACUGUGAAAGACUUUGAAGAUAAUCAAAGUUAUAUGGUUGAGUGGAAUGAAUCAAAAUCAGAAAUUAGUUGUUCAUGCCGAUCAUUUGAAUACAAAGGUCACCUUUGCAGGCAUUCCAUUGUUGUUCUUCAAAUGUCUGGUGUUUUUAAAAUCCCGCCUAAAUAUGUAUUACAACGGUGGACAAAUGCUGCUUUGAGUAGGCGUUCCAUCCUUGGAAGACUAGACGAGGUGCAAACUAAGGUCCGUCGUUACAAUGAUCUAUGUCGACGAGCCAUCAUUUUGGGUGAAGAAGGUUCACUUUCCGAAGAGAGUUAUAAUAUUACACUACAUGCGAUAAAAGAGGCUUUGAAGCAAUGUGCAAGUGUAAAUAAUUCUAUGGAGAAUGUUGCGGGUUCAACAGCUUUAGUUAGCAUUGGAGAAGAUAAUGAAGGCAGCACUACAUCCAAAGCUGUGGUAAUAGAUCCUCACUUGACAAGUACAUACAAAACUCCUAGGAGAACUGAAGCUGGAAAAGGGAAACUAGACAGUGCGAAGAAAGGAAAGCAGGCUUUGCAGUUGGGACCUAUUAGUGUAGGGUCACAGGAUGGCUACCACCCAAUGGAGAUAUGUGAUCUAGGCUCAACACAAUUACAGAAUAUGGCACCGACAAUGUUUCAUAGUAUGCCAUCGUCGGAGUUCCAUAAUGUGGCUCCAACUCAUCUCCCGGAGGCUCGACUUCCUCGGUAACAGGUUUUAGUGUGUGUUUGUAAAGAUUAUGUACACAUGUAUGGCUAUAGGACUCUAGGAAAAUGAGCUCAUUAUUUUGCAGGUAAAAAUGUGUCCAAAUUAUGAAAUAGUAGUUUUGUUAUGGGCAAAUUUUUUGUUCAGAGUGUCCAGCUAAUGUUAGAAAAGGUAGGGGAAGCUGAUUUUAACUUUGUUGAUGUAUGUUGCGUAUCUGUUAAACUAGUUCCGUAUAUUACGACAAUUUAUCUCUUCUUACUGGAUUUUAAUUAUGGAUUUUUUAA